GGAAGGAAAAUAAGGAGAAGCGAAGUCAAUCAACAGCAUAGAGCAGAGCACAAUACCAUGAGAAGCCUCAACUUUAGAGUGAAGAGCAAGUGGAAAUUUCAACUUGAGACUAAUAAUUUCAUUGUAAAGAGGAACAGCAACAGCAUGGGGAGCAUCAGCUAGAGUUUGAAAUUUGAAGAUAGAGAGAGGCAAAAGAGAGAAUAAGGGGAAAAAAAAAAAAAAAUGGAAAGAAAAGAAAAAGGUCGGGAAAGAGAAGGAAAAAAGCAAGGUUUAAUGGUGAAAAAGUUGAAACGGGGUAUUUUGGUAGGGAAAAGAGGAGGCCCAUCUACUCCACCACCGACAUGGAGGCUUGAAUUCUCAGCUGAUGAGAACAACAAUAACACCACCACCACCAACAAACCCGUUACAGAAUUCCUCAACUUUCCCACCAAACCAACGGUCUCUGCCAGAAAGCUCUGUGCCAACCUCUGGGAGGUCCUGCCCCACCACCAUCACCACAACUUCCCACUUACUAAAAAAAUGAACAAGGGACCUCCUAGGCCUCGCCGCCAACGCCAUAACAACAAUGGGUCUCAGCUCCCAACUCAUCUGCUCGACCCUCCUAACAGCCCCCCUCUUCACCAGCCAAUAAGUGCGAGAUGCUUGGAGAGGAAUGCUACAGCAUCAGUAAUACAACGUUAUGGAUUGGUUGAGAGGAAUAAUAAUGCUCUUCAGCCUUUAUCUCCUGCUAGUUAUAGUAGCUCGAUGGAGGUGGCACCUUUUAAACCUGCACUCACUCCCACUAGUCCACUGAACUUUAAGGGUAAGAAGGGAGAUCAAAGUUAUAGCCUUAAAACAUCCACAGAAUUACUCAAGGUACUCAAUCGGAUAUGGAGUCUUGAAGAACAUCAUGCAUCUAAUAUGUCACUAGUGAAAGCUCUGAAAAUGGAACUAGAUCAUUCUCGAGCAAUAAUUAAAGAGUUGCUACAAGAAAAGGAAACGGAUAGGCAAGAAAUGGAGGACUUGGUGAAGGGGGUAACAGAAGAUAACCUUGUUAGGAAGAACAAGGAGCAAGAUCGAAUCAAAGCUGCAGUUCAAUCAAUUCAGGAGGAGCUAGAAGAUGAGAGGAAGAUGAGAAAGCAUUCAGAAAGCCUACAUCGUAAACUAGCUAAGGAGCUUUCUUCACUGAAAUCUUCUUUUUCCAGUGCCCUGAGAGAGCUUGAAAGAGAGAGGAAGGCACGGAUCCUAUUAGAAAACUUGUGUGAUGAGUUUGCAAAGGGAAUUAAAGAGUAUGAACAAGAGGUGAGGUCCCUAAAGCACAAACCCGAGAAAGAUCGAAGUGGUAUGGAGAAACUUGACAGGUUAGUUCUCCACAUUUCAGAAGCAUGGCUUGAUGAGCGAAUGCAAAUGAAGUUAACAGGAGGUGGAGAUGAUAUCACCAAGAAAAGUAUAAUUGUUGACAAGUUAGGUUUUGAUAUAGAGACCUUUCUUCAAGCUAUAAGAGUAGUGGAAUCAAGGAAGAACGGUAAGCUACCCCCAAAUGACACAAAGGAAUAUUGCUCACGUCGGCAUUCAUUAGAGUCCUUUCCGCUGAAUGAGGCUAUUAGUGCACCCCAAAAUGCAGCAGGUGAAGACUCUACUGAUAGUGUUUCCCAUUGUCUAGAAGCCAACAAGAAAGCUAGUGGAAAACAUAGUACAUGCAGUGAUGCUGCAGGAGGUCAUCAGGAUGGAAUAGUGAAAUCCAAUUCCAUGAGGAAAAAGGUAAGGCCCCAGGACAUAAUAAAGAGCUGUAGCCAUUCCAGUUUGGAGGCCCAGUUUGAGGAACAUCUGACCAGUACCAUGUCAUGUAAUGGUAACAAGACUCAGUUUGCAGAUAAUGAAGGAGAUAUGGAAGGACUAGAGAAACAAGAAGCACUUGAGGAUCUUGAAAAAUCUGAUUAUUCUGUAACUGUUCAACAGGGUAUGCAAGAAAAACACGGUAAAAUGGUUGGGAACCAUGGACUGAAAUCAACUUAUCUACUCGAAAACUUGAUCAGAAAUGGUUCACUUUCAUUGGAAGACAAUAAGAUACACCCUGACAGUAACUCAAGAGAAGAAUCUCAUCAUGUGCAGUCUGUAUUAACAGGGAAUGCUAGUCCGAUACAGCAAUGGAAGUCAAGAUUGACAGCCCCAGACUUCAAAAAAUCCGAAUGUUCUCUCAGAUGGCCUCAGGAGCUAAAUGAAAAUACUUUGAUGGCAAAACUACUAGAAGCCAGAUUAGAGGGAAGAAAGCAUGAUCGCUCAAAGAGUUCCAGAGGUUCGUUUUAGAUUGCAGAACUGCUAGAUUUUACUCUAGUCUGUACUGCAAUAUGUCUAAAUAAUAUGGUAGAAUUUUAUGUUUCAUGCAACUUUCGGAUUACACUUGUACAUGAUAAUUGUAUUUUGUUCGCAUACAUAGUGAUUUAGAUUGAAAUCUUUGAUUUGGUCA